AUGUGUAAAGCCAGAAUCUUGGAGUACAAAACUUUUAAAUUUCGGAAAUUCUGGAUUUUAGAAUCUCAGAAUCUCAGAAUCUCAGAAUCUCAGAAUCUCAGAAACUCAAAUCGUAGAAUCUCAGAAUCUCAGAACUUCAGAAUCUCAGAACCUCAGAAUCUCAGAAUCUCAGAAUCUCAGAAUCUCAGAAUCUCAGAAUCUCAGAAUCUCAGAAUCUCAGAAUCUCAGAAUCUCAGAAUCUCAGAAUCUCAGAAUCUCAGAAUCUCAGAAUCUCAUAAUCUCAUAAUCUCAGAAUCUCAGAAUCCCAGAAUCUCAGAGGCUCAGAAUCCUAGAAUCUUAGAAUCCUAA